CAUCAUCAUCAUCUAUCUUCCUUCCUCUAAGCCUCUCUCUAUCUCUGUGUGCCAUCCACAAUCCCAUAUUUUCUCUCCACUUUCUAACGCUUCACGUUCUUCGGCAGUUCCUCCCUCUUUUGUGUUUCCGAGGGGUUAAAGCCCAUUGCUUUUGACCUGUCCUAGAGCUAGAUUCAAGCUCUUGUCCUUUGAGUAUUUAAACCCCCCCCCCCCCCCCCCCCUUCUCUCUCUUCCCCCAUGGCCACCGAUUUCAUGAGUUGUACACUUUGCCUUAAAUCUGUGAUGGGAUUGUGUUAAAGCACUGGAGGAGAAGAAGACAGUGUCUCUGUGUUUUCCUAACAAGGUUUUGGCACAAAGGAUUUCGGGUUCAGUAAGCAACAACUGGUCAUGCCCAUGAGGCUGAUGAAAGAGGGCUCAGAACAGCACCUUGUGAUCAAACCCAGGUUGCAAAGCCCCAUGAAUCAAGCUCAGAAGCCCCUCAAAACUGCUCAGAAUGGCAAAGGCCCACCAACGCAAGUAACCCAAUACAAUAAACCCCAUAACCAGACCUCACCUCCAUCAAAAAACAGAGGAAGGAGGAGGGGAAGAGGCGGCCGGAAGUCCGAUCAAGGCGACGUUUUUAUGCGGCCCAGCUCGAGGCCCUGCACCGGAGUGCAAAUGCCAGCACCGGCCGGAGCUGUUGAAGAAGGUAUUCCAAAUAGGGUUGGUGAAGUGGAGAGGGGUUUUCCCUCUUCAAGCAAGUGUUUGAGUUUUGCCCCAAGGCCUGGUUAUGGGCAACUUGGGGCAAAAUGUGUUGUGAAGGCCAACCAUUUCUUUGCGGAGUUACCAGAAAAGGACUUGAAUCAGUAUGAAGUUACUAUAACCCCAGAAGUAGCAUCAAGAACUGUGAACAGAGCCAUCAUGGCCGAGCUCGUGAAACUGUACAAAGAAUCUGACUUGGGGAAGAGAUUGCCAGCUUAUGAUGGCAGAAAGAGUCUAUACACUGCCGGUGAGCUGCCUUUUGCAUGGAAGGAAUUCAAAGUUAAACUUGUGGAUGAAGAGGACGGAAUCAAUGGUCCCAAAAGAGAAAGGGAGUACAAAGUGGUGAUUAAGUUUGUUGCGCGAGCAAACUUACAUCAUCUGGGCCAAUUUCUUGCUGGUAAGCGAGCCGAUGGUCCCCAGGAAGCUCUUAAGAUUCUCGACAUUGUGCUGAGAGAGAUUUCAACAAAGAGGUACUGCCCUGUGGGGAGAUCCUUCUUUUCACCAGAUAUUUGGAAACCACAACGGCUUGGUGAUGGUUUAGAAUCAUGGUGUGGAUUCUACCAGAGUAUAAGGCCAACACAGAUGGGCUUGUCCCUUAAUAUUGAUAUGGCUUCGGCUGCCUUUAUUGAGGCUCUACCCGUGAUAGAGUUUGUUGCACAGCUUCUGGGAAAAGAUGUGAUAUCAAGGCCCUUGUCAGACUCUGACCGUGUGAAGAUCAAGAAGGCUCUUAGAGGAGUGAAAGUUGAGGUAACGCAUAGGGGUAAUGUACGAAGAAAGUAUCGAGUUUCAGGAUUAACAUCACAACCAACAAGAGAACUUGUGUUUCCUGUUGAUGACAACUCAACCAUGAAGUCAGUUGUUGAAUACUUUCAAGAAAUGUAUGGCUUCACAAUCCAGCACACACAUCUUCCUUGCCUUCAAGUAGGCAACCAGAAGAAGGCAAACUAUUUACCUAUGGAGGCAUGCAAGAUUGUUGAGGGGCAGCGAUAUACUAAAAGGUUGAAUGAGAAGCAAAUUACUGCUCUUCUAAAAGUUACAUGCCAAAGACCCAGGGAUCGAGAAAAUGAUAUUUUGCAGACAGUACAACACAAUGCCUAUGAUCAAGAUCCAUAUGCAAAGGAGUUUGGAAUUAAAAUCAGUGAAAAAUUAGCUUCUAUGGAGGCACGAGUACUUCCUGCUCCUUGGCUUAAGUAUCAUGAAACUGGGAAGGAAAAGGAUUGUUUGCCUCAAGUUGGUCAGUGGAAUAUGAUGAACAAGAAAAUGAUCAAUGGGAUGACUGUUAGCCGGUGGGCAUGCAUCAACUUUUCACGUAGUGUGCAAGAGAGUGUUGCUCGUGGGUUUUGUAAUGAGCUGGCUCAAAUGUGUCAAGUGUCUGGCAUGGAAUUUAAUCCAGAACCUGUGAUUCCAAUCCACACAGCCAGGCCUGACCAAGUGGAGAAGGCUUUAAAGCACGUUUAUCAUGCGUGCAUGAGCAAACUCAAAGGAAAAGAGUUAGAACUUCUUUUAGCUAUUUUGCCCGACAACAAUGGAUGCCUAUAUGGUGAUCUAAAACGAAUUUGUGAAACUGGUCUGGGUUUAAUAUCACAAUGCUGUCUGACAAAACACGUCUUCAAGAUUAGCAAACAAUACCUGGCUAAUGUGGCAUUGAAGAUCAAUGUUAAGAUGGGUGGUAGAAACACUGUUCUUUUGGAUGCUAUCAGUUGCAGAAUACCAUUGGUUAGUGACAUACCAACCAUAAUAUUUGGAGCCGAUGUAACCCAUCCAGAGAAUGGAGAGGACUCUAGCCCCUCUAUAGCUGCUGUGGUAGCUUCUCAGGAUUGGCCUGAAGUCACCAAGUAUGCAGGAUUAGUUUGUGCUCAAGCUCAUAGACAGGAACUCAUCCAAGAUUUGUAUAAGACUUGGCAUGAUCCUGUCCGUGGCACAGUUAGUGGUGGCAUGAUCCGGGAUCUUUUGGUUUCCUUCCGCAAGGCAACAGGGCAAAAACCACUGAGGAUUAUAUUUUACAGGGAUGGUGUGAGCGAAGGGCAAUUUUAUCAAGUCUUGCUUUACGAGUUGGAUGCAAUUAGGAAGGCAUGUGCUUCUUUAGAACCAAACUAUCAGCCACCGGUAACUUUCAUUGUGGUGCAAAAACGGCAUCACACCAGAUUAUUUGCUAAUAAUCACAGGGAUCGCAGCAGCACUGACAAGAGUGGGAACAUCCUGCCUGGCACCGUGGUUGAUUCAAAAAUCUGUCAUCCAACAGAAUUUGAUUUUUAUCUCUGCAGCCAUGCUGGGAUUCAGGGGACAAGUCGGCCUGCCCAUUAUCACGUCCUAUGGGAUGAGAACAAUUUUACGGCAGAUGGAAUUCAAUCUCUAACGAACAAUCUUUGCUACACGUAUGCCAGGUGCACGCGCUCUGUUUCAGUUGUUCCUCCAGCAUACUAUGCACAUUUGGCCGCUUUUCGAGCCAGAUUCUAUAUGGAACCCGAGUUGCAGGAGAAUGGUGGCUGCGGCGCUGGACAAGUUGGCAAGAGCAUGCGAGCCAAGGGGGAGUCAGGCGUGCGGCCGUUGCCCGCCCUGAAGGAGAAUGUAAAGAGGGUAAUGUUUUACUGUUAGAAAGACAGGUAGGGGGCAAUGAAGAUCGAGAUGGGGAUUAGGGGGGAAGGGAAGAAAGAGGGUGAAUCUGUUGUCUUUGAUUCUAGUAAAGAAGCCUCUUUGUACAUGUAUGAUGAUUCAUGCCAGCAGUUCUUAGGUUAGAGUUGAGAGUUUGAUUAUAAAGCGAAAGAGCUAGCCUUGGUUCUCUUCAUAUAUAUAUUAUAUCUGUUUCAUUUCCA